ACUGUGCAGAAGCGCGAGACCAACAGGUUCCUGUCGAAGCUGUUUCAGUAUUACAGAUUUUCUUCAGGAAAAUAAACUUGAUAACUAUAUACCGGCGUUUUACCAAGUGGAAUAUAAAUAUACGUUUGCAAAUUACUGGGAAUUACGAUGAUAUUUCGGCGGAAAUUAUAGAAUUGUAGGUUCCAGAGGAGGCAAAUCUUCAGUUCUUGGUCAGAAGAUGAGAACGGCGCUCAUUGUAAUUUAUUUUGUGGGAAUCCUCCACGUCAGCCGGACGAUUGCACUACAGCUGCAGUUUACACCUGACCCUCCAGUACUCAACACUGCAGAAGAAGUGUACAGAAUAAACUCCACUGACUCCUUGGAGCUCACAUGCAGUGGCCAGCAGCAUGUUGAAUGGUCCACCCAUCAGGACCUGUCAGAUGGGAGGCUGGUCCUGACUGACUGCAGUGGGUCCGGUCUCUUCUGCUCCUCCCUUACAAUCCACAAAGCUGUGGCCAAUGAUACAAACCUGUACCGCUGCUUCUACCGUGACCUUCCCGUGGAGGAUGGCAAGACCUCCACUUCUGUUUAUGUCUUUGUGCAAGACUAUAACAUUCCAUUAAUACCCACCCCCCACAACAUCGACGUUGUGUUCAUCCGCACUGGUGAGAGUGUGGUCAUUCCCUGCUUGGGCUCCAUCGAGAACCUCAACGUCACACUGCACAUGAAGUUCCCUCCGAAACAGCUGCUUCCAGAUGGCAAGGAGGUUUUCUGGAACAGUCGAAAGGGCUUCACCGUGCCCAGCCAUCUCAUCAGUGGGGCUGGCCUGGUCUUCUGCCAGACACAGAUCCACAAUGAAACCUUUCAGUCUUCCCUCUAUAUACUAACUGUCGUUGGGUACAUGAUUUAUCAGCUCAUGUUGACUCCGACUCAGCAGCGGCUGGUCGUGGGGGAGCGGCUGGUUCUGAAUUGCACUGCCCACACCGAGUUAAAUGUGGGAAUUGACUUCCGCUGGACCUUCCCGGCAGGCCAGGACCUUGCCCAACCAGAAAUCCGCCCGCAUAAGAAGAGGAUGAUGAGCUCCCUGGAGCUCUCCAACAUGCUCGUCCUGGAAAACGUGACACUCAACCACACAGGCGAGUACACUUGCUCGGCCUACAGCGGGCAGAUGGUCAAAAACAGCACCGCCUCUGUGAUGGUCUACGAGAAGCCCUUCAUUGUGCUCAGUGAUGAUGGACCAUCCGCCAUUGAGGCCACAGUGGGGGAGAGGCUAGUGAAGAUCCCAGUGAAAUAUGAUGCCUACCCCGCUCCGAACGUGAUCUGGCUUAAGAACGGCCAACCUGCCUUAAAGGAUGAGAUGAAGUACAGGAUGCGCCAGGAAAAGGACGCCCUCAUCAUUUCUGAUGUAGCUGAGAGAGAUGCUGGCAACUACACAGUCAUUCUGAGGAACCUUGCUGCUAAGGAGGAACGUACGAUCCAGCUGCUAGUUAAUGUGCCACCUCAGAUAUAUGAGAAAGAGGUCGCUGAGGACAAUGACAUCCAUAUAUAUGGGAGCAGCCCCAUCCUGCGCUGUACCGCUCGCGGACACCCCUCUCCUGUGCACUUCUCCUGGCAGUGGAUGCCCCAAGAGGAUUGCCCUCACAACUUCCUGUCAGAAGACUGGAGGUCAUCGUGUAACAAAUGGAGGGACAUCACAAACAACACGGGCCAGAAUCCCACUGAGAGCCCAAACACCAUUACUGACCAGUUCAACAAGACUAUCAGCUCUCUGAGGAUCCAGAGGGCAGAGGUACACGCUCUGUACCGCUGUGAGGCGUCAAACAAAGUCGGCCGUGACCAACGGGUCAUCUUUUUCCAUGUGACUCGAGGUCUGGCACUAGACAUGCUGCCCUCCUCGGAACCCAUCGAACACGACAACGUGGCUCUGAGGUGCAAGGCAGACAAGCUGAUCUAUGGAAACCUACGCUGGUUCUGGCUGGGCAGAAACAUGACCCUUACCAAGCCGCUGCUUCCGGCGCAGUCUUGCCGUACCCUGGCUUUGCCGGCCCAGCCCCUGUCACAGGCAGUCCUGUCUGAUCUAGAAGGUACCAAUGUCACCCUGGAACUGCGCUUCCCCAACGUGUCUCAACACCAUCAAGGCCUUUAUGUCUGCCAGGUAGUGAACAUCAAGACCAAGGAGAAGACUUGCCUGGUGAGGGCGCUGACUCUUAAAGCCCUACAAGCUGCAAAAAUAAUGGUGGGCCCAAGUGAGCAGAGGGUGAAUGCGAGCGACACGGCGUCACUGACAUGCCAGGUCACUGGAACACCCAUGCCAACCAUAGUGUGGACCAAGAACAACCAGACACUGGUGCAGGGUUCAGGUGUGAUCCUGACACAGGGCAACCAGACCCUGACCAUCCAGCGUGUGAAAAAGGAGGACAGCGGCCUUUACACUUGCACGGCCUGUAACGCCCAGGGAUGUGACGCCUCACAUGCAAGCCUCAUGGUGGAAGGUGUGGAGGAGAAGACCACAGUGGAGCUGAUUGUCCCAAUUGGAUCCGUGGUCAUUGCCAUGUUCUUCUGGCUGCUCAUCGUGUUUGUCGUCCGCAACAGGAAGAGGCCCAGGGAUAGUGAGCUGAAGACAGGCUACCUGUCCAUCAUCCUGGACUCAGAGGACAUGCCGGUGGAGGAGCAGUGCGAGCGUCUGACCUAUGACCCCAGCAAAUGGGAGUUCCCCAGAGACCGGCUGAAGCUUGGAGAGCCUCUGGGGCGAGGGGCUUUUGGCCAGGUAGUGGAGGCUGCUGCUUUUGGUAUCGAGAAGGCCGCCACCUGUACCACGGUGGCUGUGAAGAUGCUCAAGGAGGGUGCCACCUCCAGUGAAUACCGGGCUCUGAUGUCAGAGCUAAAGAUCCUGAUCCACAUCGGCCAUCAUCUCAAUGUGGUCAACCUGUUAGGGGCCUGCACAAAACCAGGCGGCCCCCUAAUGGUCAUUGUGGAGUACUGCAAAUACGGCAACCUCUCCAGCUACUUAAAGAGCAAACGCUCUGUGUUCAUCCCCUUCAAGAGAAAGCCUCUGAGGUCCCCUGCGGACGAGGACUUGACCAGGGGUGACCUGGGUUUUGGCAUGGACCCCCCCAGGGGGAGGGCUGUCUACAGCGCCUACCAGAAUGAUGUGAUAGUCUGUCACCAAGGGGAAGAGGGUAGGGGAGAUGUGAACAGGUCCCACUUAACCAUGGAGGACCUCAUCAGCUACAGUUUUCAGGUAGCCAAAGGCAUGGACUUCCUGUCGUCUCGCAAGUGUAUCCACCGAGACCUGGCUGCAAGGAACAUCCUGCUCUCAGAAAACAACGUGGUGAAGAUCUGCGACUUCGGCCUGGCGCGGGACGUCUACAAAGACCCCGACUACGUCAGGAAGGGAGACGCACGGCUCCCCCUGAAGUGGAUGGCUCCAGAAACCAUCUUCGACCGAGUCUACACCACGCAGAGCGACGUCUGGUCUUUUGGAGUCCUGCUCUGGGAGAUCUUCUCCCUGGGAGCGUCGCCGUACCCUGGCGUGCCCAUCGACGAGGCUUUCUGCCAGCGGCUGAAGGACGGAACGCGAAUGAGAACCCCCGAAUACGCCAGCCCCGAGAUAUAUCAGAUCAUGCUGGGCUGCUGGCUGGAUCAAGCCAAGGAGCGGCCGACGUUUCCCGAGCUGGUGCAGCACCUGGGCGACCUGCUGCAGGCUAGUGCCAAGCAGGAUGGGAAGGACUACAUUCCAUUGACCCCUGGCCGACUGGAGGGGACAUCUGGAGCACUGCUGCCAGUUCCCCCUCAACCCCGCGAGCUGCAGCCGGGUGCCAGUGAACCCCUGAAUCACUAUGACAAUGCACCCUACUUCAGGGAAACACAUUUCAGGUUCUCCCAGAAGAGUGACAGGUGCAGCCAGCCAAUCAGCAGGAGGACCUUUGAGGCAGUGCCGCUGGAGCAGGGUGUGAUUACGAAUGCUCAGUUAGACAUUGGAAUGGGUCUGUCUCCUGAGGAUGCCAAGAGCCUGGAGCACCCUGCGUCCCAGACACCAACCUUCAGUCCUCUCAUACGCUGCAAAAGCAAGGAGUCUUUGGGCUCAGAGUCUUCCAAUCCUACCAGCGGUUACCAGUCGGGCUACCACUCAGAUGAUGCGGAUGUGCCUAUAUAUGCCAACGAGGAGAUCAUCUUAAAGACCCAAGGCCAGGCCAAGGCCCCUUUGAGGGCCUGUGUGAAGUUCACCACAGAAGUGCGAUACAGUGCUCCACCGGUGUAGCAACUGACCAGGACCUUCUGCUCUACAGACAAGCCACCAUGUCCUACAUCAUUUAGACUAUAGACAUGACCCCUGACUUUUAAUUAAGAGGUGGACUGCGGUCUGUCACAGUACAGAAAAUGCUUUCAUGAGUUCAUUCAAGUGGUCGACACGUCUUGACAAUCAACCCAUCAAACUUAAUUUUGACACAGAGCAAAUCUGAGACGCUAAAACAGAUGAGUCAGUAAAGAGUUAAAUCAUGCAUCUCGUUGAAUCAUCAUAUUUCUCAGCAACAAAUUAGCUUCUUCCAGCACAAUCGCUGUCUCCUCUUGAGAUGUGGAUAUGUGAAUUAUUUUAUUUUUGUUUUUAAAAAUGGAUAAUAUAUUUUACAAGGGGAAACAAAGGUCUAGCACUGCACGUUUUCACGCGACCUGAGACACGCAGCCGGGUUUGCAGUGAGGCAGAGCACUGGCGUCCCGCUCACGGCUACACGGCCACACGGCCACACGCUUCCUCUCACAGGAAACGUCUGCUGGGACACAGCGAGACAAUGAGUCUGCUCAUGUUUUCUUUUCAAUUGUUUGUCAAGACAAGGUCAGCCCAUACUGAUAGAAAUGGGUCCUGUGAAGUGUUUUGCUUUAGAUAGAUUUUUUUUCCACCGUUUUUUCUUGCGCUACUUCUGGCAGCCUAGCGAACCAAGUCAUUUGUACAGUUUAUUACGAAGACUCAUCAAAAGUUUAUGUCAAAAGAAACCUGUCUUGUUUUACUUUUAUUAACAUAACUGUAAUAAAUAUAAAUAGUUUUAUAAAAUAAACACCAUUGCCAUUCAAA